CUUAAAUGUUAUGAGAUGCGAUUGGCUUAAAAUGCAAGUGAAACCGUAUACUAUUUUUAUUACUUCCUGGCACUGUCGGUUUAAGUGUUUUUCUAGAUAAGUUAUACAUACCUACUACAUGUGUAGUGCAACACACAUGUUUUAGAUAUACUAUGGUUAGGGUAAGAAUUGUGUAUGUGUAGGUUAAGAGUUUUUGUUAUAAAUAAAGGCUCUGGGACACCAGAGCGUCAGUUAUCUACCAAACCCCCGCGUAAACAGUUGGUGACCCUAAGUGAGUUUUUUUGAAAAGUGAAAUUUUUUUUGUUUCAAAUUAAAAUUGGCAGUAUAAGAGUAGUGGUAAGUAUUAAUAUAUUCAUACAUAUAUACUCUUAGUCUUUUAUCUACAUAGUUUUUUGUGUGUAUUAAAUCCUUAAUAAAAAAAAUUUAAAAGCAAUGGAUUCUGCGCUUAACGAAAAUCAAACCAUUGCAAGCAGAAUCUCUGCUCUGUAUGAGGAAAUAAAAAAUUUUAGGGGGCAAAAUAUUGAAGAGGGACAGAUCCAACGUUGGAGGGGUGUAGUAACCGAUCUGUCUAGGCAAUUUGAGGAGAACGAGUGUAUCCUCAAAGAGGCCUCUUCAACCCUAAAGAGAAACCCUUAUUUUAAAGAUAACCAUGCAGAGCAAAUUAGGGGAUUUUUCAAUAAUACCUCAACUCUAAUUUUGACCAUGGAAAUGGAAGCUAAAGCACUAAAAGAUAGUUUGCAAGCAGCGGGAGUGAUAGCCUCACGACCAGCACCUCAGCCACCUACAUCUAGUCACACCUUAGGUUCAAUCGCUACAGCUCCCAUGAUUUCAAAAUCAGAACGGCAAUUAAAGUUCGUUUUAGAAGAUCUUAGCAAGACUAUUGACAAAUUUUUGGGAAAUAAGAUUCCAAAAGUCUUCCUUCUGGAAAGUGCCAAAGAAGCUAAAAUGAUGUAUCGCAAUUAUUUAGGAGAAUGUGACGAGAAUUGUUUAGAAGAUUUAUUUCUCAACGUAAGUUUUAAACUCGAUGAGGCUUUGGACUUCGCUCCUGAAGAUAAAAAAACGCAGAAUGAAAAUCUGCCCUACACACUGCCAAAAAUAGAUAUUCCGGUAUUCUCUGGAGACUAUAUUCAGUGGAACACGUUUAGAGAAUUGUUUUCCCAAUUAAUAGGUUCAGCCAGUAUCUCGGAUACACAGAAAAUGAUUUGCUUGAAAUCAAAGCUAAGAGGGGAAGCGGCAAUGACGAUCGCGAACCUACCAGCAAAUGCAGAAAACUAUCCAAUUGCUUGGAACCUCUUGGAUAAUAAAUAUACCAACUUGAGAGCGCAAACUGCCAUUCAUUUUUCGAACAUAAUGGGGGCACCCUAUACGACUGAAAAUCUAGAAAGUGUAAAACGAUUGAAAGAAGUGAUUGAGGAAAAUUUGCAAGCUCUAAAAGCAACAAAAUUGAGUUCUGAAAGUAUACUGCAAGGCCUUUUAAGUUUCAUUUUAGUACGAAAAAUGAGUAAUGAUUUAAGAUUGAAGUAUGAAACUUCACUUCAGAACUCACGAGAAAUACCCAUUGUUGACUCAUUGGUGAAAUUUUUAAAUCAUGAGUUUUAUGCACUGCAAGCAGUACAAAAAUCAUCAAAAAAGGAUGGGUCAUCCAAAUGGGAUGACCAUAUUAAAGAAUUGGCAAACAAAAAGGAAAUCGAAUGCAUCAUGGGAUGUAAUAAUCGACAUUUCCUUUUUCAAUGCACAAAAUUUAAAGACCUUACCAUUAAAGAAAAAUGGGAAAAGGUUAGAAAAAAUAACUUAUGCUCGAAAUGUUUAAAAAAUGGACAUUCGAGUAAAAAUUGCAAUGGGUAUAAUUGUCGUAUAUGUAAUGAAGGUCAUAGCACAUUCUUACACAAAGUUAGUAAUGAAAAAGGUGCAGUGACAAAAAGUACCAUUAAGCAAGGAUGCGAAAAUUCAGAAAAAUGCAUUUUGUUAGCUACAGCGGUUGUUUAUAUCCAAGAUGCCAAAGGCAAAUGGAUCAAAGGCAGAGCGCUUCUUGAUAGCGGCUCUCAAGUAAAUUUGAUGUCAAAAUCGUUCCUAAAGAAAUUAAGACUUAAGGGCGAAGCAAUUAAAUCGGCAGCGAUAGAAGGUGUUGGCAAAACACGUUCAAAAAUUGAAGAACGGGUAAAUAUAAAAAUUAAGUCCAGAAUGCAUAUGAGCAAUUUCGAAACAAAUCUAGACGUACUAAUAGCGCAGGAAUUAAUGUCCAAAUUGCCGGCAGAAGAAGCCAUUAUUAAAAAGAUUCCAAAUAACAUUGAAUUAGCUGAUCCAAAUUUUAAUGUUCCUAAGGAAGUGGACAUAUUAAUAGGUUACGAAUUAACCUAUGGGGAUCUCUUUGAAGGAGAAAAAAUUUCAUUGAAUGAAAAUAAUUUAAUAGCCCACAAAACCAAAUUGGGUUGGGUUAUUACAGGAGCUGCAAUGAUUAAUAGAGCCCCAUACAUUUGCAGUUUGGCCUCUUUUUCCGAGCCCACAAUAGAAAACCAAAUAAAACAGUUUUGGGAAAUUGAGGAAGAUAUGGAAAAAGACAAAAAAUUUUCAAAGGAGGAGGAAGACUGUCAAACUAUUUUUACAAAAACCACAACCAGAAAAGUGGAUGGGAAGUUCGGAGUAAACCUCCCCUUUAAAGGAGACAUUGAACAAUUAGGAAAUUCAGAGAUUACUGCUAAAAGAAGGUUCUUAGCUAUGGAAAAGAAAUUGGAGAAAAACUAUGAAGUAAAGUCACAGUAUCAUGAAUUUAUGAAGGAGUAUAUAAAAUUAAAUCAAAUGGAGGCUCUAGCCACUCCAAACCAACUUCAGUUCAAAUGUUAUUUACCUCAUCAUUAUGUACUGAAGCCAGAUAGCACUUCUACAAAAUUGAGAGUAGUUUUUGAUGCAUCUGCAAAAACUACUACAAAUAUAUCAUUAAAUAAUUUAUUACAUACGGGGCCAAGGCUACAAGAUGAUUUAUUUGAUAUUCUGAUGCGUUUCAGAAAACACAAAUUUGUAAUAUCAGCAGACAUUGAGAAAAUGUUCAGACAAAUUUGGGUAAACGAAGAACAUCAAAAUUUCCAACUAAUUUACUGGAGGUGGAAGCCAUCGGAGGCCCUAAAGACAUACAGAUUAAAAACUGUUACUUAUGGCACUGCGAGUGCACCUUACUUAGCAGUAAAAUGUCUACAAACAGCAGCAGAAGAUAAUAAAGAUAAAUUUCCAACAGCUUCACAAUGCAUUCAGUCAGACUUUUAUAUGGACGAUUUGAUGACAGGUUGUGAUAAUCUAACUGAGCUAAAAAAUAUGCAGCAACAAAUAAUUCAUAUAUUAAAUUCAUAUGGAUUCAAAUUGAGAAAAUGGUGUGCUAAUCAUCCUAGUUUGUUGAACGAAAUUCCUAGCGAAGAUCGAGAAAUUAAAUUAGAUAUAACAUCUAAUAAAGCUGAGAAUAUAAAAGCCCUAGGAAUCGCUUGGAAUCCAGCUAAAGAUGACAUCUCAAUAAAAUCUUAUUUAGAAACUGACUACAAAAUUACAAAGCGCCAAAUACUUUCUGAUAUUGCGAAACUAUUUGAUCCUUUAGGUCUUUUGAGUCCAGUUGUAGUGGUGGCAAAAUUGAUACUACAACAAAUAUGGAAAGAAAAAAUCGACUGGGAUCAAGCCGUUACAGGAGAAACCAUGCGAUCCUGGGUACAUUUAAGAAAUCAAAUGAAAUUAUUGAAUGAAAUAAAUCUUCCCAGAUACGCAUUAUUACCUGAUGCAAAAGAAAUAGAAUUACACGGAUACUCAGAUGCAUCCAUGAGAGCCUAUGGCGCUGUGGUAUAUGUAAAAUCAGUAGACAAAUCGGGAAAUAUUAAAAUAAAUCUAUUAGCUUCCAAAUCGAAAGUCGCCUCAUUAAAAAUUCAGACGUUACCUCGAUUAGAACUAUGUGCUGCGGUACUGUUAGUAAAAUUAAUGGAAAAAGUAUCAAAAGCACUUAAUCUAAAAGACAAGCAUAUUUAUUAUACGGAUUCAACAAUCGUCCUUAGUUGGCUACAAUUAGAUCCUGCAAAAUUGCAAAUAUUUGUGUCGAAUAGGGUAAACUUUAUUCAGGUGCAAACCAAAGGGCGGCAAUGGAGACAUAUUGACACAAAAUCAAACCCAGCUGAUUUAAUAACAAGAGGGUUAUAUCCAGAAGAAAUAAUUAAUAAUAGUCUGUGGUUUAAUGGACCAAUGCACUUAGCUAACAUGGAGUCAUACAGAAAAAAAAUUGUCACAAAGCCUUUAACAUCGCUUCCAGAUAUAAAGAAAACUGCUAUAACAGCAGGUGUUUUGGUAAGGAAUUGCUCUUUAAUUGAUUCAAUUGACCACAAAAAUAAUUUUGAAUUCUUAUUAAAUGUGGUUGCUUUGCUUAUCAAAUUUAAAGAUAUUACAUUAAAGCGUCCUAAGAAAGAACUCGAAAUUCAGAAUCACUUAUAUUAUCGAAAAGAAGCUUUGAAUUUUAUUUUGAAAUAUAUACAAACUAAAUAUUUUAACAAAGAACUAAGUCUCCUUUCAGGUAACAAAAAUUUAGAAAAGAGCUCGAAGCUGAUAACUCUAUCACCAUUUUUGGACAAAAAUGGCAUCAUUAGAGUUGGAGGACGUCUACAAGAAGGCAAUAUUCCAGAAGAAGCAAAACAUCCUGCAGUACUUCCAUAUGAAGACACUUUAGUUAAAAUUUUGGUGGAGGGAAAAAAGAAUUGUUAACAAUUGCUAUAGAUGCUUCAGGGCAAAUCCUCGUCCCCUUUUUCAAAUCAUGGGUAAUUUACCAGCAGAUAGAGUAAGAUGCACCAGGCCCUUCUUGAAUACUGGGGUUGAUUUCUUGGGUCCUAUACAAAUUCACCACAAAAUAAGAGGCAAACGAGUAGAUAAAGCCUAUGUGUGUGUAUUUGUGUGUUUCAGCACAAAGGCAGUUCACCUAGAAGUGGUAUCAGGUCUAAGCUCAGCAGCUUUUAUAGGAGCCUUAAAAAGAUUUGUGGGAAGACGUGGUUGUCCUGCAAAAAUAUACUCCGACAACGGAACAAAUUUCAUUGGGGCAGCAAAUAGUUUACAUGAAAUUUAUAUAUUAUUUCAAAAGGAGCAACUCGGAAAAGAAGUCUCCUCGUUCUGUGCUGUACACAGCAUUAAUUGGGUGAAUAUACCAGCUCGAUCUCCACACGUAGGAGGGUUAUGGGAAGCUGCUGUUAAAUCGGUUAAGAAGCAUUUUCACAGAGUAGUUGAAGGCACAUUGACCUUUGAAGAGAUGUGCACACUCAUGACCCAGAUAGAAGCAGUAUUGAAUUCACGACCUCUAACACCAUUAUCGGAGGAUCCGAAUGACUUCCAGGUUUUAACUCCAAGUCAUUUUCUUAUAGGGGAGACUUUAACCACACUUGCAGACAGUAGUGAAAACCAUUGUUAUCACGGGGUGCGGGACCACUGGAAAGCAGUGGAAAGAAAUUCAAAGGAAUUUUGGAAGCGCUGGUCACUGGAGUACCUAAGCGAACUUCAGAAAAGAGUCAAGUGGCAAAGGCCACAAGAUAACUUACCCCAAGGGAGUUUAGUUCUCCUUAAGGAAGAAAAUCUUCCAACAAUGACUUGGAGAAGGGGCAGGGUUGAGAACCUCAUCAUCGGAAAAGAUGGAAAAUGCAGGAUGGUAGACGUAAGGACCAGCACUGGAAUGACAAAAAGAUCAAUAACCAAUGUUUGUCCUUUUCCUACGGAAACGGAAAGAAAUAUAAGUAAAAAUGAGGAAUCCCAUAAGAAUAGGAAUGUAAGGCAUAAAAAUAAAAAUGUUCUAAUGACGAUGUUAACCUUUUUAUUAGUACUACCACUCUACAAUUGUCAAGUAAUUAUAGAAAAAUUUAGGGACAAGUCAGGGAUAUUAAUAGAGAGGCAAGACAGUUUGGGUUUGACGAAGACAUCAUGGGAAAUAAUCAUCCACGUGAACAUGACGGAUUAUCAGCACCAAAUACAGCUUCUAAUGGGAACACCCUCGGCUCUACAAAAACUCGCCAAGCUACUGGACAAGGGAGACUCAGAAUCUCAAAAGGUAGUUGAGACCUUAGUUAAUCAGGUCAUUCAUCGCAUUAAAGAAGUCAACCAAAAGGAUGCACUGAUGAGAUUUAAUGGAAGAAAUAGAGCAUCUAGGUCUAUACUGCCAUUCGUUGGAAGCGUGUAUCAUUCAGUGUUUGGUCUAAUGGAUGAAGAACACGCAGAUGAAUUGGUGGCGACAAUAAAAAGGACCCAUAAAAAUGAAGAAUACUUGCUUAAGCUAUACCAGAAUCAAUCCUCCAUUGAAGACAUAACGCAAGAGGUUUUGAAGAAACAAAAUGAAGUUGUUCGAAAUAAUUUUAACCAAAUAUCGGACUCCAUACAAAUAAUAAAGAAAGCGGCUGAAAAUGAAUUAGCAAUGGAAGGCUUUCAAAACUAUAUAGCAAGCAUUAACAUUGCAAUAGAGUCAAUAGAGCAACUGCAAGGAGAUAUUACGGAUUUGAUUUGGAACUCAAAGGGAAAUUUCAUGAAAAGGAUUUUACCUAUCGACAGAUUCCAAACCCAAAUAGCAACAAUUACGGCAAAUUUAAAUGAUGACUUACAAUUGCCAGAUACCGACCCGUUUGAGCUAUCAAAAAUAUCACGGGUCACAGCCACUAUAAACCAAGGCUUCUGUUUAGUGCGAAUUCAAAUACCACUUAUACAAAGCCAACAGCUACAGUUAUUUGCAUUGACCAGUUAUCCGAUUCUGCACGACGGCUACUUCGUGAGCUUUAAACUCGCAUAUGAAUAUCUGGUAGUAAAUAAGGAGAAAUCAAUGUAUAGUAGCCUGACAGAAACUAAAUAUUCGUAUUGCCAGAAAAUGAGAAGAAUCACGCUGUGUCCCCAAAUUGGACCACUCUACAAUGUAAGAAAGGACCAGUCGUGCGAACUAGAGCUAUUCUUUAAUUCGAAGCAAUUACCAUUAUCAUGUGUGGUGAAUAUAAUGCCUCUGCAAGAAGUUUGGUUGCAGCUUAAAUCCUCAAAUAGCUGGCUGUACUCCGUCCCUGAAGACACAAAGGCAGAAGUCAGUUGCGGCAGCUCUUAUACGGCACAUAUUUUAGUUGAGCAAGGCAUUGUAAAACUGCAACCUGGCUGCCACUUAACAACCGCGAUAGUAAGCGUUUGGGCACACAAGGCACCAACCACUGUUAUUCAGUACAAUAUGCCCCCAAUUAAUAUGAGCAGGAGUUUACCGCUCAUGAAGCACAUUACUAUAAAAGGGACUAUGUUGACAUACUCGAUUCCGGACAUUCCGCGGCCACCAGCCAUUGUUGAUUUCUCAGAAGACAUCGAUUUCCACCACCUGAUGCACUACAGCUCGAAUAUAUCAACUUGGAUCAUUAUCGCAGGAGUCAUCAUGGGAAUGAUCGUCAUCUUUCGGAAGCUAUGUGGUCUCUCAACACGAUAUCUUCCCGCUGCUCUGGCCCUUAGAUAAUAGAAUAGUCGAUAAGAAUAAAUAAGUACAUAAAUAUAAGUACAGUAGGUUGAAUAUUGAGUGGAUUCCUCACAACUCCUAUUUGAAUAAGAAAUAGUUCACCUUUUUUGAAAGUAAAUACUUUCAACGUGGGCAAUAUGUUAAGUCUUGUUGCACAAGUCUUAAGAUUAGUUACGCACACUCAUAGGGCACACAUUUAGGAUGCGCAUGUCCUCAGCAUGUGGUAACGAUUGUAAGGCCGAUAAGUAGAACAAUAGAAAGUAGCAAUUGUGCGCACGUGCAACGGCAUUGUACACAUACAUACAUAGUGCACAUGCGCACAACAUGACCUAAGGGUUGUUUAGUUGGCAAUUAUAGACAUUACAAUUCAGUGCCAGGGUGUAUGGGAAUAGUCACGUAUGCAUUUCUUAAAUGUUAUGAAAUGCGAUUGGCUUAAAAUGCAAGUGAAACCGUAUACUAUUUUUAUUACUUCCUGGCACUGUCGGUUUAAGUGUUUUUCUAGAUAAGUUAUACAUACCUACUACAUGUGUAGUGCAACACACAUGUUUUAGAUAUACUAUGGUUAGGGUAAGAAUUGUGUAUGUGUAGGUUAAGAGUUUUUGUUAUAAAUAAAGGCUCUGGGACACCAGAGCGUCAGUUAUCUACCAAA